UUCAGUUCGAGGUGCAGAGCUAUAGCGUAGAGACGGUAUUGAGCUGAGCGACGACGUCAACAUCGAAGCCCUUGGCCUUGGCAAGCACUGGGCUUAACAGAGGAUUCCCGAUGAUUUGGUAUUGGUGGGGUAUUCUAAAGUUGGGCCAUUUUUCGACAAAAUAAUUGCAGUUGCAGGUGAUUGUUUUGAAGAGCCCCCUGGAUAGCAUCAUGGAGGCCACGUCUGUUGUCAGGUCUGUGGUGUUAGCAGCCAAUCAGUACAGCCGGAAUCAGAGCGAUGCAAACCUGGUUCAUCUUCAGAGCAGAUUGGAUGUCUUAAUUGGCAUCACAUCCAGAGACAAGUCUCUGAGCUACUUUUGUCCUCGUCAGCUCCUUCCCAGCGAGUGCUUGACCUGCCUGGUUGACCUUGUCAAUGACCCUGCGACCCCUCUUGACCUCUCUCUCAAAACCAUGGUCCUGCUCUUCAACUUAGCUGCUGAUUGUGAUGUCAGAGAAACUCUGCAAGUGACCUUUAACCUCCCAGCAUCCCUUGCAUCUUUCCUGAAAGUUCAGAGGGGUUCACCGAAUGAUACUGUCAUUGGACAGUGUGUGCAACUGCUACAGAGAGUCACCUAUAACUACAGAAUCAUCUAUCCUAAUAACUAUGUGGAGGAUUUGAUUCAGUUCUUACUAACACAGAUCCUUGGGCCAGAAUCGGAUCUAGUGAUGCCGUGCUUAGGUCUUCUUGCUAACUUAUGCAGACAAAAUGUUUCAGUGCAGGCUCAUAUCAAAGCAAUGGAUAAUCUGAAGUCUAUCAGUAAGACGCUGAUAAGAUUCCUGUCGCAUAGCAACCUGACAAACAUCAUCUUCUCUCUCUCCAUCCUGACCAGUCUCUGUCUCAAUGAAGAGCUAGGAGACAAGCUCUUCAAUGCCAGGAAUAUUAAUCAGACAUUUCAGCUUAUCUUCAACAUCCUGAUCAACGGUGAUGGGGUCGUGACCCGUCGCUAUGCCGUUGACCUUUUCAUUGACCUCCUGAAAAGCCCUAGGAUACAGCAAAGCCUACUUUUGUUUGAACAUUUCCAGCUGUGUAUGCAUAGAGUAUUGGGAUUGCUGCCUAUACAAGAUGAAGAAUCAGUUUGCAAGCUCUUUGAGUUGAUGCUGACGUUCUGCGGUGUGUCUGGACUCCGCCCGACGAUCUGUCGUAGCAUCAUGACCUCACCACAGGUCCAGCGAGGUCAGGAAACCCACCAAUCAGAAGCCUUCUUUGCCGUGGUGGAGUGGGCCUCGAGGCCGGUCCAAAGCAACAACACGGUCUCAAUCCUGGCCCUGGAUCUACUACGGGAAGUCUAUGAGGAGAUGCUGGAUUCUGGUCUCGUCACCCAGUUCUCCCCUCGUACCGAUGUGACCAUCCCCAUGGCAACCAGAUUAGUGCUACCAUUGCAGGAGCUAGAGGGUCCUUUCAUUAGACACAAACUCAACAAGAUCUCAAGGCUCAUGUGUCUACUUAUGACUCUGAGCCGAGACGAGGGAACAAGGUCAGAGUUGGGUCGGGUCAUGACCUUUGACCCCUGUCUGGCCAUCGUAGAGCACCAGCUUGAUAACAACCAGGUCGGCAUAAGCAAGACAACCAGGAUGGCUGUCGGAGACUGCGAUUGGAGUGAUGCGGGUGUUGGAACGAUUCUUCACAUAGUGGAUGUGAUGGUGACUCUGCAAUCAAAUGUACCACAGAUAAAGAACACGCUGGUACAAAUCUUACAGGACCCCAGAUUGGUUCCUUUCAUGGCCCAUGGUCUAAGUUCUCGGGACAGAGAGAGAGUCCAUGUCAGCUUGAAGCUCAUCAGAGCAGCUUCUACUCUACAAGACUUCCCUACAAUCAUCCUUGGAGAGUGCAUAGCCUCUAACAAUUCCCACAUCCUCCAAACCUCACAACAUGACAUCUCCUCGGACCAUGCAGUGCCCCACCCUCACAACCUCAACCAGUCGCACACCAACGGCUACGACAUGUCCGUCAUGGGGUCAAACCUAGAGGCCACAAGGUCAAAGGUCACCAAGGCAGACAAUGCUGGACUGGACAAGCUGAUCGAUAGAAUGCAGACUGGUUUGGAUCUCAAAGAUGUAAAAGCGUCGGAGAUUAUGGAUGUCUACGAACACAAACUUUCAGCUCUUGCAACGAAGGAGAGUCAUUUGCAGGAUCUACUGGAGGCAAAAGCCAUGGCCCUAGCCCAAGCAGACAGAUUGAUUGCUCAGUAUAGGUGCAGGAAGGCUCAGGCAGAUAACGAGGCUCGCAAGCUACGCUCCAUGAUCCAAGAGUCAGAGAAGCGGAGCGAGGAGUACCGAGAUGAACUUAGCGGGAAGAUGGUGGAGAAAGAGAGGAUGGCCGGUGAGAUGAAGAACAUGAUGGCUCAGAUAGAGAGAUUGGAAGCGGUUGCUAGGGAACACGAGAGGUUGACGACCGCUCAUGCUGAACUGGGUCAGAGGUUAGAGAGCUUGAGAGAAACCUUGGAAGCUGAGAAGCAGGAGAGAGCCAGUCUUUUAGAGCUGCAUGAGAUGCUGACCAAGCACAGUGAAGCAUUGAAAGACAAGCAUGAGACGACAAUCGGGCGACUGGAAGAGCUUGAAGGACAACACAAGGGCACGGUCAAGCAGCUCCGUCUGACCGAGGGUCGUCUGGGCGAGCUCCAGGAGGAGCUGAAUGAGACGGAGAGCACUCUUAGGAAGACCGAGAGGGAGAGAGAAGAACUGGAGGCUGCCAUUGAUAAGCUGAGAGGAGAGCUGGCCAAGGCAGAGCAGGCCAAGAAGAAACUCUCUCAACAGGUGUCGAAGCUUGAGACAGAUUGCCGGCAGCAGAAGAGCACCAUAAGAGAGAAGGACGCCCUCAUCAGUCAACAAAAGGAACAGCUUAGUCAACAACAACAACUGACUCUCAUGAUACACAGUCUGACUAGUAAACAACAACAAGAGAAAUAAUUGUGGUUGUUUGUUCCAUAUCUUUGCCCCGAUGGGCAAUUUUUAUUUUUUACAACAAAUACAUGAAUUCACAAUUAAAUUUUAUACAACCAAUGUCAAAACAAUAUUUGUAUACAUCAUUCAAACAAGUGCUUCAACAAAAGGCAUCUUAAAGUGAAUUAAUUUCUUUGUCCAUUUAUAUCAUUAAUGUACUGCUCACCCUUAUAAUAUGUCUUUAUCAUAUUUAUUAUUUUAUGAAAAA